AUGUACAUGUCGCGUCUCUUCGCUUCAUAUUCCGGUGAUGGAAGUGGCUCUCUGCACUUAGUUAUUAGCGGUGUAACUUCGGAAGCAUACAUGACUAAUGAUUCGGAUGAUGAUGUUAUUGAAGUUGUUCGAGACGAAGCGCCCAUCGAAAUACUAUCAGAUGGUGAAGAACUUGAACGUGAAAGGGCCAAGCUACAGAAUUCAUCAUAUGAAUUUCACUUCGCUGAUUUACCAAUUGGCCCAGAAAACCCUACAGAUGUUUUCGAAAAUUCGAAAGACACGUUAAAAGAUCCGCUUAUGAACUCUACUAUAGACGGCGAAACAUCCAUAAAUGUAACGGAUUGUAGUAAGACUAUUUCGCACGGUAAAAGUCUUGAAGAAAAAAAAGAUAUAGAUGGUAAUGAUAAAGAAGGCGAUGAUAGUAAGGGUGAUAACACUUAUAUUAACGUUACAGACCCCGUAUUAAACGAUGGCGACAAACAAACAUCUAAUCAAGAAAUAACACAAAUUAAACCGCCUCUUACUGAUACUAUUAGUUCUGGUCCUAAUGAAGGUACUAAUGAUCAUACGAAUAACAAUUAA